GCGUCGGCGGGGCGCUGAUCGAGAGGGCGGUGCAUUCGGGGAUGAUCAACCCGAGCCGGCGGUGGCAGAGCCUGAAGCACGACGGCCCCGUGGCUCAGUUCCGCUUCCAGGUCCGCCUGAGCUGCGACGAGCAUUACUACGGCUUCGGCUGCAACAAGUUCUGCCGCCCGCGGGACGAGUUCUUCGGCCACUACGAGUGCGACCACAACGGCAACAAGACGUGUCUGGAGGGCUGGUCGGGUCCGGACUGCAACACCGCGAUCUGCAGACAGGGCUGCAGCACCGAACACGGACUCUGUAAACUUCCCGGAGAGUGCAA